GGCAGUAGGUUGGUAAUCCGCUUGGGUCCUCAGACCAAAUCCAACAUGGCUGCAUCCAUAGCGAAGUUCUUGAGACCGUGGGGUCCUGGGGUUCUGCCGGUGAGAUGGACCAGGUACAACCCCUAUUACCUGGAACCCGAGCCCGCUAAGGAGGUGUAUCGCAUCCCCGCCACGGAGCUCACGGACGAGCAGAAGGCGGCACAGGAGCUGAAAGCCGUGCGACCCAUUAAGGCGGCCCCGCCGGGUCUCACCAGCUCUGUAUUCAGCGACCCCACAGUGAGUAAAUUCGUUAAUAUGAUGAUGCAAGAUGGGAAUAAAGUGCUGGCCAAAUCCAUUAUCACAAAGACAUUUGAAAGCAUGAAGAGGAAGCAGGUGGAGAAGUAUCACAAAGCCCCAGCAACAGAGAAGGAGGUGAUUGAGUGUAACCCGUACACUAUCUUCCACCAGGCUCUGGAGAACUGCAAGCCUAUAAUCGGUCUGAUCAGCAUUCAGAAAGGAGGCAAAUACUACCAGGUUCCCACGCCGCUGACUGACAGCAGGCGACGCUUCCUGGCAAUGAAAUGGUUGAUCACGGAGUGCCGGGACAAUAAGCAUCGCCGCACCCACAUGUACGAGAAGCUGUCCCAGGAGCUGCUGGCAGCCUUCAUCAACGAGGGCAACGUGAUCAAGAGGAAGCACGACUUGCACAAGAUGGCAGAGGCCAACAGGGCCUUCGCACACUACCGCUGGUGGUAGAGCCUCCAGAACAGGAACUGCGCGUACCUUACAGAAGAGGAACUGUAACAAGCUGUCACGUCUUCAUCAGCUUUGGAAGCUGCAGUCAGUUUGACUUUUGACUUCCAGCAGCGGAUCAGGUGGAUGUUUCCAUUGUGUGUUUUAGCGAGAUGUCACUAACGCCACCUUUUUGGAUUUUUACUGCUCUUUGUCUGUCCGCUGGUUUUGUAGGUCAGCCCUAGCGCCUUUUCUCUCUGGAGCAGUUAGCAGGUUUCUGUAUUUCUGUUUGCACUGUGUCUUCCAAGUGCAAUCAGGUAGUCGUCCUGUGAGGGAGCUGUGUUAUUGCACACCUGCAGAGGUUACAAUGCAGUACAUGACUCAUGCAGAGGUUACAGUGCAGUUCAGAUUGGAAUAUUUCUUGAAGAAAAUAAAGUUUACUGCUGUCUUUACCACA